AUGCCUUCACGAUGCGAGUUGUUCGCUUUGUCUACCUUACUUCUUCAGGCAAUCGCUCAUCCUGCACCUGCUGUACCCGAAUCUUUUGAUGAUCUCAGCCAAAAUGGCAAUCUUGAGGUGCUUUUCAGCCAGGCCUUUGCCUACAAGCCUAGUCAUGUUGCCCAUCAAUCCAGUGUUCAGUAUGGAGGUGGUGGUCCCGACAACCAUUGUGGGGAGGCGGCCACGAAGGAGGUGGCCAUGAAGGAGGUGGAGGCGGAUCAGGAUGUCCUGGACCGACAGUUACGCCCUUCUGCACCUAUAACUACUGUGACUAUCACUACCGAUGACAGUGGCAAGGGCACUGGAACCGUCACCGUCACCGUCACCGAUACCGACACAGUCACUGACACAAUCAGCCAAUGCACUGCGACAAUCACCACUGGCGAUGCUGCAGCCGGUACCGUGACUGAAACCGAAACAGAGACAGAUACUCUCAUUUCAAGCAUCACCGCAUGUACUGCCACAACAACCGACUACACAACCGUCACAACCGAUGGUCCAACAAUCACCCAAACAGUAACAACCCCCGGUCCAACCGAGACCAAAACCACGACAGUCACCCAAGCCGCAGAGACCGUCACUCUCCCCGGAUCCACCGAGACCAAGACCGAGACCAAGACGGACACAAAAACAACCACCAAAACAAGCACCGUGACCAACAACCAAAUCGUCACCUCAGUCUCAACCAAAACCCAAACGAAGACCCUCGAAGUCACAAAGACUGUCACAUCUGAUGACUGCGGCGAGACCGGCGGCGGCACCGACGGCGGCGGUCUUGACUACGGCACCUGCUCGGAUCCUACUAUCAAGUGGGAGUACGGAUUGGAUGGCCGCACGGAGUAUUCUUAUACCACCAACAACCAGAAGGAUUUCACUUUCGGAUCAUCGCCUACCAUCGGUGCUCCCGAGGAUUUGGUCUGCAAUCGUCUAAGGACUCCUUGUAAUGCGCCCCAGGCGACCAUUGACAGGUGCUACGAGGCGGAGGAUGCUACUGCCAACUUGUCCGGACAGGAAGCUGCGGAUGUUUGGAAUGCGAUGAUGACUUAG